AUGUCAAAAGUUCUCACUUUAGAUGCUGUUUUGUUUGGGCUACUGGUGUUCUCUGGCAUUCUGGGAAACAUGUUGGUCAUAUAUGUGGUGUUCCAGUCAGCUUUUGAAACUCCACCUGGGAGGCUGUCUCCGUCCGACACCAUCCUGGUGCACCUGUCCCUGGCCAACCUGCUGACCUCCCUUUUCCGCACGGUCCCUAUUUUUGUGUCGGACCUGGGCUUGGAUGUGUCUCUGUCUCCUGGUUGGUGCAGAGUCUUCAUGCUGCUGUGGAUGUGGUGGCGAGCUGUGGGCUGCUGGGUGACUCUCACGCUGAGCAUCUUCCACUGCACCACUUUGAAGCGACAUCACGUCUCAUUCGGUCCUCUUGUAUUACAGAAGGAGAGGCGGCGAGUGUGGAUUGUUCUGGGACUAGUUUGGGGAGCUAACUUGGCCUUCUCCAUCCCUGCUCUGGUUUAUACCACUCAUGUUCACAACAAUACCACCGUGGAUCUGAUGGUGAUAAGCUCCACGACCAGGCCUCUGCUCGGCUGUAUAUGGGAGUUCCCCAGCAUCCAGCAAGGCUCUGCCUUUGCCUUCACUUCCCUUGCUCUUAAUGAAGUCUUUCCCCUGCUUCUGAUGAUUUGCACCAACGUAUCCACGCUCCACGCCUUGGCCAAACACAUCCGAGCUGUGACCUCCUCCAUGGAGUCAGGGGGAAGCCACGGAGAGCUCAACAAGCACGCCGCCACCGAACGUAAAGCAGCUCACGUAAUCAUGUCGCUGGUCGCUCUCUUUGUGGUGUGCUGGGUUCUGCAAGUCGCCGCGGUGACGUACUACAACCACAACAGAGGGCUCCACGCAGAAGGAUUGCUGACGGUGGCCCACUUCUCUGCCUCCACGUUUGUGGGGUUCAGUCCCAUGGUGGUGGCUCUGGGACACGGCAAGCUGAGAAAGAAAAUCACGAGUAUGAUUCUGGUGUGGACUAAAGCUUUUCACUGUUCAGACAAAGACACGGGAAGGACAGUCAAGUCCCCGCAGAAGAAGAAAUUAAAAGUCUUUGAUGUUCAACAGGAGAUGAAGGUCAUAAAUGUUAGGGAGUGUAAAACCUUAAAUGAUAGAAGAGAAUGAGGCUGGAUUGAUGUCUGUCUAGUGAAAUUAUACACUACAUUUCUUCUAUAGAAUUAUUUGUACAAUUCUCAAAUUUUUAAUUGAAAACUCAUCGGCCACUUGGUGGCAUAGAUUCAACAAGGAAACAGUCCUCAGGGAGCUUGGUCCACAUUGACAUGAUGGCUGAACAUCCAUGAUACCGAUCUCUG